AUGCUAUCAAUCCACAUGUUAUGUGGUUCCUCAACACCAAUACUGAGACACCCCAUAUGUGUUAGAACAACUGCCCACGGAUUAUAUGUUCUCAGGAGAGGUAUAUCUACAUCUAUUAUCAGGAGCAAUAAUGCGCACGUUAAUACAGCUCCCGUCGAGUUCCAAUCUAAUCGAUCCAUUAGAAACAUGUUGUCAAAUAAAGAAAAGGCUCUUGAAAUGGCUAUUCGUUGUACAGAUGAUAUUACUGACCCGGAGGAGAAUAGUACUACCAAAACAGUUGCAGCCAAUGUCAGUUUACCAUUUGAAGUGAAACCCCUAGAUGCUUCAGCUCGUAAAUUACAAAGAAAAAAACAUAAGGCAGCUCAACCAGUAACAUUUAAAUCAAUAAAGAAACAAGUUGUUGAUCCUUAUGUUCAAUUGACUAAACCAAGAUUGACUAUAUUAGUGAUGUUAAGUGCGAUAUGUUCGUACGCGUUAUCACCAAACGCAGCAUCGGUAUCACAAUUGCUCAGUUUAACUGUCGGUACCACAUUAUGUUCAGGGGCAGCCAAUGCUAUUAACAUGGGGAGAGAGCCUGAAUUUGACCGUCAAAUGACGAGAACACAGACAAGACCAGUUGUGACUGGGCUUGUUACAUCAAAACAAGCGUUUGAAUUUGCAUCCAUAAUUGGAUCAAUUGGUGUAUCUACUCUAUACAUUGGUGUUAAUCCUUUGGUAGCUGCAUUAGGUGCAGCUAAUAUCGGUCUAUAUGCAUGGACUUAUACAUCUUUGAAAAGGAAACAUAUUAUAAAUACUUGGAUUGGUGCUAUUGUUGGUGCUAUCCCACCUUUAAUGGGUUGGGCUGCAGCAAGCUCCUUGACCGAUCCAGGGGCAUGGUGUCUAGCCAGUCUAUUAUAUGCCUGGCAAUUCCCUCAUUUUAAUGCCUUGAGUCAUAAUAUUAAGAACGAAUAUAAAAAUGCUGGUUAUGUUAUGACUGCAUGGAAGAAUCCUAAAUUGAAUGCUCGAGUAGCCUUAAGAUAUUCUUUAUUGAUGUUUCCCUUAUGCAUUGGCCUAGCUUAUUUUGGAGUCACAGACCCUUUCUAUGCUAUUGAUUCAUCUAUUGCAAAUGCUUGGUUAGCAUAUUGGGCCUUUAAAUUUUAUUGGCAGCAAAGAAAAAAUUACACCAAGGCAAUUUUAGAAAAUAAAGAGUUAUUCAACAAAGGGAUGCAUCAAUCAAAUAUUUUUGCAAGAAAGACAAUGUUAACCAGUGUUAUGCAAUUACCAGCUGUAUUGCUACUUGCAAUCUUUCAUAAAAAGGAUCGUUGGAAGUGGUUAUUCAAUAAAGAUGCUAAAUUGAAACCAGUAUAG